CGUAUCCGCUAACUAUAGCAGUGGCGGCGAAACGUUUGCAAAAAAAGAUCAAUUUUGCAAUUAUUUUAAUUGACCUUUGUCAUACAUAUUUAAUCUACAGACGAAAUGUUAUCGUUAGACUUCCUCGACGAUGUCCGGCGAAUGAAUAAGCGGCAGCUUUACUAUCAGGUGCUGAAUUUUGGAAUGAUUGUAUCUUCAGCCUUGAUGAUCUGGAAAGGCUUGAUGGUUGUAACUGGGAGUGAAAGCCCGAUUGUGGUUGUUCUCAGUGGAAGCAUGGAGCCUGCGUUUCACAGAGGAGACCUCCUCUUUCUCACAAAUCGUGUUGAAGAUCCAAUCAGAGUGGGAGAGAUUGUUGUGUUCAGGAUUGAGGGAAGAGAAAUUCCCAUCGUACACAGAGUCCUAAAAAUUCAUGAAAAGUAA